AUGUUCACCAAGGAGCCGGCAAACAUUGGUGAGCUGUUCCUCCCCCUCUACGGUGCGUGCAACGACUACGUAGCAUGUGUACCACCAGCCGAAUGUAAUGCUGGGCGUUGUGCAUGCGCGGCCGGAUUCCAGCCCUCCGGACCUAGCUGCGUGCAGGGGCCUUAUUUGAUGGAAAACACAGCUUAUGCACCAGCACCGGUCUCCAUCGCCACUCCAUACUACUACGUAGCCCCAUCAGCCCCAGUGGCCACGGUGGUGGCCGCUCCGGCACCAAUCCAGCGAAUCCACACCCACGAUACGACCUAUGUCCGCGUGCCCGUUCCUUGUUGCUUACCCGCGGCACCCGAAUCCGAAACGACCACCGAAGCUGUGAUGCGCGAUCAGGGACUCACCAUCGCCUAUCCUGGUGAGCAGUGCAAUCCCGCACUUUGCGUUGGGGGAUCUACCUGCGAAAAUGGCACCUGCGUCUGUCGCAAGGGUGAAGAAAUCGUCAACCGUACCUGUGUGGCUGUUGAGGUUCCCCUUGCUGAAGAUACCACGGCUGCUCCCACCACUACCGAAAGCACCACCGUAAUUUCGACGACGGCUGUGCAGGCUAUCUUCAAUGAUGCUCCGGACAGCACCUCGACCACAACCACGACUGCUGCUUCAACGACUGUUGGCAGGACGUUGGGAUGCCAACAACCCAGCUGCAACUGCGAUAACGGCUUCUAUUUCAACGGCGGCUGCCAGAAUUACCAGCAGCAGUCUGAGCAAGUGUUUAGGAUAAAUGUUGUGGUCUCCCCCGGCCAAUCGUGCUUCAACAGCGCCCAAUGCUCGCGCGGUGCCUAUUGUGGUCAGCAGGGAGUGUGCCAAUGUGCUGGAAAUUACUAUCAAAUGGGCCGCCAGUGCGUACGCCGCCGA